AUGAAAUUAACAAAAGCAUUAUAUUUUAUUGCCUUUUUAUUGGCCAUAAACGUAUUCGUCCCAGGAUCUAAUAAUUAUGUUGAAGCUAAACCAAAUCCAAAAGGCGGUAACUCCCUUGCUAACAAAAUUAAAAAUAACAAAGCUGCACUUAUAUCUACAAUACUCGCAACAUUAGCAAUAGCAGCAGCUGGUACCACUUUUGGUGUAAUGCAUUUAAAAAAUAAAGGAAACUCUAAAAAAAAAACAGCAGGAGGGAAUAAUGGUACAGAACCAAGCUCAGAAUAUAUUAAAAGACAAACAAUACAUGAUUAUGAUCCAAAAAUGUAUUUAAAAAUCUACUAA